AUGGACUCCAAUGUCACACUUGUUAAAGACGAUAACAAAAGCAAUCAGGUCAAUCAAGCCCAGUAUCAAAGCAUGGUUGGUAGCUUGAUGUAUGCAAGCACAGCAACAAGACCUGACAUCGCCUUUGCCGUUGGAAGGGUGUCAAAAUUCAGUUCAGCACCAACCACAGCACACCUCACUGCAGUCAAGAGGAUCUUUCGUUAUUUGAAAGGCACCAUGCAUCUUGGAUUGGGCUAUGAGAAGACAGCGAAUGUAGACUUGAUUGGCUACUCAGAUGCUGACUGGGCAGGAGAUCAUGAUGAUAGACACGCUACAAGUGGUCAGGUAUUCUUGAUGGGAAAUGGAGCAGUCAGUUGGAGUAGCAGAAAGCAAUCACUCGUGACUUUAUCGACUUCUGAAGCGGAGUAUGUGGCACUCAGCCUUGCAAGUCAAGAAGCAAUAUGGUUGAGAAGAUUGAUGUCUGACAUCUGUGAAUCUGCAGAAGAACCUACUAAUCUGUUUGAAGACAACCAAGGAACAAUUGCUAUGGCAAAGAACCCGGUGUCUCAUUCUCGCACCAAACAUAUUGAUAUCAAGUACCACUAUGUGGGUGAAGCAAUACAGAAGAAAGAAAUCCAAUCUUGUCAGUUUCCAUUGAACAUAAAUAUUGAACACAAACAUGAGACUAGCCAGCUGCUCAGUCUAGAUCUUUCUAGUGACUCUGAGUAG